AUGUCAAGUAAGAUACAUUGUAUUCUGAACUAUCCUUGUGCUGUACAUGUAAAGCAUUUGUCUGUUUUUUGUCCUGAAUUUGCAUCGUCCCAGAACGUAUGCUUCAUAUAAUUGAGUCAGCAAAAAAUAGUUUUGUGCUCGCUUUAAUUUUGAACGAGAAAUGGCUGCUUCCAUAAACUAUGAAUUUUCCAUCUGUGUUUUCCUAAUCAGCCCGUCAUUUGUAGCUGCUGAAAUAACUUCAGUACAUUUAAUACUUCCAGCCCUGUCUUGACUAGAAUAAAAAAGUGUCUAUUUAUUGGCGGGCUUACCCUUUUGAAAAAUACUUUCCACACCCAGUCCCCCAAACAGAUAAAAAAUUAGCGACAAAUUAACUGCUUAUCUUAAAACAUAACAUUUUAAAGAAAGUGUUUAACCAAAAAUUGUUCCAGCCAAAUAAAAACAUUGAAUUAAUGCGGUCGUGAAUUUCAACCUCAUGCAUACAAAUAAUGACUUCGAUCAAAUGUGCGCGCACAACUCGAGCUAAACAAAGCCGUUGGCCUUUUCUAGAGUUCUACGGCUUAUAUCUGCGGGUAUUGUAUACACCAGUUUGGUUGAGGUGACAAAAAUUAGAAUGCGACAUUAUUUACCUUAUGAUGCCAGUGCAUUACACCGAAGUGACGCUCCCACGCUGAUGUACAAAUGGAUGGGGCAAACAUCUGAAGCAAGGUUUUCUUUUCCGUCCGUUAGCUGCUCUCUGCGAUGCCUUCUAUCAUGGUGUACAGUCGUCAAAAAUUAUCUGCCCGAAAUUCUGCUGCGGCAAUCAGACCUUUCGGUUUUGCUGUUCUGACUGCAAUCUUCACUACCCCUUCGACCCUGUUGACUGCCAAGCACUCUCCGAUUCCUCAUAUAUGCAAGUCGAUAGUAGAAAUCUCAUAAAGCGCACUUUAUUUUGCCCCAUAUUUAUUUAUAUUAUUUUAAAAAACGAUAUGUACUCAUUUUUGCACUUUAAAAAGGGUUUUCUGUACUGCCCCGAAGACAUUCAACGCGAACUAAUGCCAGCAUAAACUUUCACAGAGGUUUCGUCCUCUGGCUGGUUGUUGAGAAUUGAAUAGUUUUUGUCUACAUAUCCUGCUUGGGUAAACGAUGUUCGAGGCGACCAAUGACAUUUUAUUUAUUUCAUGUCGACAGAUAUUUAAACUAACUCUUCUCUAUAAAAGACUACCAUUACGUUUUUUGUCGAGUAAUAAAUUAGGGUAAAAACACAACCUACGAGAACAUUUCCGGCGGUUUGUUUUGAAACGUACUAACCCCGCAAAAGGAAGUGCUACGCCAUGUGAAUUGUUAACCUUAUUUUUAUGGGUUCUGCAUUUUGCAGCUCUGGAAUUUAUGAUAUCGCAUGGUAGGAAAGUAUCGUUUUGCGCGAGUUCGCGCAGUUUUUGAAUACUGACAAGAACCAGUCCCGGCUUUCGCAUGACCGUUGGUUGAAAAACCACCAUCGUGGGACUAAGGGGCACGGAAAUGCACAUUUCUGGUCCGUUUACCUAGUUGUAUGGUCAUCUAGGAAGCACAGGCCAGAUAUGUGAUAUUGCAACUUGGGACAGCAGAUCUCAAAUUUAUAUGCUGCACCGUUUAUGUAUUGUUUGGGCAAAUGUCUGCAACCAUAAAUAGUAACGCGCACAGCCAGGUAUUGGAGUUGACAACGCGUGUAACGGGCAGCACCCAACACAUCUAGGCAAUGGUACGAGGAGAAAUUCGCAAGUGUGUUAGAAAUUCCUCGGCUGCUCUAAUGCAUUGUUAAACCCGUUGAAUUAUCCCAUUGUUAUUGCAGUAAACAGACAUGGCCUGUGCGCAAGCAGUUACAGUAUUUCAGAAUUGUCAGUUUUCUGGUGAAACCAACAUUACAACUGAAUCAAAAUGUAACAACUUCAAGCCUGACCCUUCCAUUUCCGAAAAAGUUUUUGCUUAUGUUGAACGCAAAGAAAUGAACUCUGAUUUCAGCAAUCAAGUUAACUUCUGCUCGAAAGCCGUUCUGAUACAGGACAUAGCCGAAAUCCAUAAAAUGUCCUACGAGUGCACGAGGGUCACAUGGUACUAGCUGACUACAGGAAGGAUAAGGUAUGAGGGCAUUUUGGAUAACUUCCUGAUGACGGGUGGACAAAAUGACUUGAGCAUUGGUAUUGACAUUGUCUUGGGAAAUUGACCGCAAGUGCCCAAGUGUUCCUGCUCCAAACCUCGCAGACGAUUAGAUGCUUACUGCCAAUAUGUCCAGAAUGGCUAUUCUAGCCGCCUUUUACCUUCACUAUUAAUUUUUUUAAAGGAUUACGAAGAAGGGCACUGGGAGUCCCAACGUGGAACAAAAUGUCCCUGCUCCGUCUUUCGAUAGUGCCAAAUUUAGAAUAAUAAUUCAGUACACUUUGAGGCCUAUCAUUGUAACCCUCGGAGUGCAUGCCUCUUCGAUCAGCGGAUGCAUUUGACUUCUUACUUAGGAAUUUGGACCAAUAUAUCUUGAUUGCAUAUCGUCGGGUUUUGGAGGUCACACUAGGGUCAAGUCGUUUAUGAUUGCUAUCCAGAUCUACCAUCUGUUUCUCAGUAAACCUAUCACUUGGUUUAGACUCUCCCUAUAGGUUAUUUUCUGGAAUUGCAGCGAGUAAUGCACAUGCGUAGUAUAUGCUUGGGUCAGGCCAGAUAGUUGAGAAACAGUCAGAUAUGUCUGCAUGACCACUGCCUGGAUGGGGGAGGUUAAGCCUUACUUCAUUUUCAUGAUUUUGACAGCCUGACUUGAGCUGCAGUCUUAGAUAUUCGUAGGUAUUCCGGUGUGUUUUAACUGUCCUCAUAUUGCGAUUUGAAGUAAUGGCACCUUAAAUAUAUAAGGAUACGCUCACCAAGGAGUCAUUUCACAGAAUAAUCACCUUUGCGCAAUGUACUGUAGUUGGCAAAGGCUGUCAUGUACAACAUGUCAUAUUUGUCCACGCUGAUAUGUAUUAGACAUACACUGCGUGGAAACUCACCGUUUAAAGAAGAUUGGCCCAAGCUUCAAAAUAAUUCCUUAUGUUGUCCCAAUGAGUCUUACUAAUAAACCUUUAUGUACUUUUCUCAGAGGUUGGAGUUUCUUCCUUUUAUGGCCAUUUGAAUAUCUGCAAGAAUACCACUGUACAUGUGCUUCUAAUGUAUUGUUUUAACGCCUAUAGAUCCGCCAUUUUUUCAGUCAAAAACGGUUUCUAUUAUUUGCGUGAAUACCGAUCAGGAAAGAACAUUUUAACAUGUCACUGUACUUUCCCACGGUAUAUUUAUCAUAAAAGAGAUUUUCUUUGCACGAAGUCCUUGAAUUAUCGUUCAGAAAAUUGUCGUUAUCAGUUUUCACUCUUUGGCGUAUGCGCACUUAGACUGUUUUACAAAAAACGCGUUCUGCCUUAAUGAAACAGCUUUCGUCUCCAUUACUGUGGACACAUAGAAGCUUUACUGCCCACCCUGCUAAUAGGAACUUGCAAACACUACUUAGGGCCAAUAACAGCGCGUUCAUAUAAAUCGCUCCUAUGCACCCCUAGGUCCCUCGCCGUGGAAAAAUACUGUCUGAACAGGAAGGAGGGAAUGUACAAACACAACUCUUGUUAAAGUUUAUUUGCCAGUCCUGAGGCUUCGAAUUCGUUGCUCACCACAGGAAGACAAGUAAUCAAGACUGCCUUUAAAAUAGGCUUGUCUAAACAGCCUGAUGGCAGCUGCCUGGGAAAUGGCCAGAUUUAAGUUAUAACGGUGGCAUGAAAUGAAUUGAAUGCUAACAUUUGAAAUUAGCAUGCGAUCUUUGGUGGUCAGUCCUGUGAGCCAAUCUCAGGCUGCCUAAGUACGCAGGAAGGAGCGGAGCUUCUCAGAUAGGUGUAUAACACGGUAGAGGGGCUGCUAUUUUCCCCAUGCUAUUCUUAUGUUUUCAAAACUGGGCGAUGACCUAUGAAAUAAGGAGCUUUCGUACCGUUACCAGCAAUUGCUUUCUUCGAACAUCGGAACAACAUCAGCUGUUUCGCCUGAAAUUAUGAGGUUAUAUUAUAUUAUCGAAACUUUAACGCAAACAUAUUGAAAACGCAGGAUGGCCCGGCCAAACGUCUAACUCAAGGUAGACGUCCCAGGCAUGCCACAAAGGCGAUGAAACAUGGACUUCGUAAUUUAGCAGUUAUCUGCUGUUGAGCAUUUAUGAAGUGCUUCUCAGUUCGAACUUUAUUGUUAUCGAGUGGCAGAUCUGACGGGUGUGGAAAUUGAUCUGGCAGGUGGAUGAAUUUGGCAAUUUUCAACCCAAGGACUUGUAAACAAUAUGUCAUACGUAUAUAUGACUGAUUUUGUAGGGGCAAACUCUCAGGAAUCAUACUUGAUUGCUCGGCUAAUAAGCCAACAAUGCCAUUCGGGUCUCCUUCGUCUUUGUAAUCAUUCCUUCCCGACCACGAUGGUUCUAGCUUGGAUACAUAGGCGCAACCGGAAUAGCACUUCCUCUAAAUUGAUCGGUGAAGGUCAUUUCUAUGAUACUAAAAGUAUUAAAAUUAUUCGUCGGAAAUUUACGAUUUCUAGCAGAUAGCUGGAGCAGCGCAGCCAUUUUAUACUGCACAUACGGCAGUAUCAUUGAAGUGUAGCAUUCGACGCAUCGAGACGAGCUGUCCUGCACUUGGCUCCGCAUACUUGGACACCACUCUGAACUCGAUUUAGCAGGGCGACGAACAGUCGAGUCAAAGCCUAACUGGUGACAAUAAAUAUGCCAGAAAUUGGCAUUUCGAGUUCUGUUGUCUUACUAUAGGUUCAAGAGAAGGCGGAAUUACUCGCACUGCACCCUAUAGACAGGAUAGAAGACCCUUCCGCGCACUCAACCCCGUUCGCGUACGCUGAAUAGCAUUUAGCGUGAAAUUAAGGUUGUGGAUUAUUUACACUUCUACGUUUUAUAGGCUGUGAACCAAGGACUAUGAAUCCUGUUUGUUCUGAUAACAUUGCGGCCGUACAACUUAGGGAAUUAACAAAAGCAAAUGUGGCGUUUCAUAAACAAGACUGUAAUAAAAAUUUGAAUGCAACGCCGCCGCCUUUAUUUCACUAUCAAAUAGACCCGCGGAAAACGGGAAUGUAUGUGGUCACACAAGUAGCGUCUCGGAUUUUGUAGACUCUUUCUUGUCGCCAGCCAAUCCGAAGAUUUUUAAGCUAUUACCGUGGUGAAACACUAUAGAGUUUAUCUGAACAAUUAAGAGGGUGUGGGUGAAAAUUUCUACUCUCGAGCACUACCAUAGGUACAGCGGCAUGCAGUGCGAGCGUAUUUUAAAGAUUGCGGCUUCUUCUUGCAAGACAGUGCCGCGUAUUAUACAACGUAGCUUGAUGACCUAUAGGCAUGAUAAUGUUAUAAAGGUAUGUCCAUGAAAAUGAAAAGAUCGUUCGCAUUCUCUGACUAGUCAGAUUCCACAGAAUUGUGUUUGCAGAACAACGUCUACCUGUCGACAUAAAUAUUUUAGUUUUAGCUCACAAGGCUUCAAGGAAUCCACCUCACUUGUUUUAGGGCCCACAAAUAAGGUUGACAAAAUGCGUGCUUAUGCCCGCUUCCUGGAGCGUGAAAAGUCGAGGGUACCAGCUGUUUACUCCAUAAGUUGAGAUGAUUGUCUGAUGCAUUUGAAACCUAUCGGCAGGUACCAAAAUCUGUCUGCGCAAUUUCCAGAGCACGCAUUGCGCCAGGCCUCUAAAGCAGUCAGUUCUGCGACUUUCAUCUGACGAUGAUCCUGCCGUCAUUUAUGAAGCGGUCUGUUGAGCAACAACAUAAAGCCAUACGCUCAGUGUCGAGAGAAACUGCACUGGAUUAGCAUAAAAAAUUCAUGGUAAAAAUUCUAAAGUUAUUGCAUAAACCUUGGAAACCAGGUUACAAGCUGAAUCCUUUUUACAGAGAUCCUGGGUGAUAACUUUCAGGAAAAAAUACAGGAUUAUAUAUCUGAGAGACAUUUUCGUAAGUUUUUCGAACUUAUUGAAACUCGAGAAAUAACGUGCGUAAGGUGUAAAAAGCACAGACCAAUUUUUCAAAAAUCAACAUUAAAACAUCAAGGUGAUAUUUUAGAACAGACAGUCCGAUCAAUGAAAAAGCAGUUUAAAAUGUACCAGAAGCACAACUAAACGCCGUAGCAUAUAAACGUAUGAACGAAGUAAAGAACUGGGAAGUCAACUUUUCCCCUCUACGUAUAAGUUGUCUUCAAGUAGCUGGCCACUUAUGCAUGACGAAUUGUCCGGAAAGUUUUUUUGGGCAACAUACUAUCUACUAACUAGUGACUAGAAAGCGGCCACGAACUGUGUUAGAUUUAAGAAAUCAAGUUGUUUUUGCUUGUUUUAAAACCAGUAUAGCGUAUAAAGCCCUGAAAAUUACGAAAAACUACAUGAUUGAGAAGAACUGCUGAAAAGGGAGGGGAGAUUAAAAGUAGUUAUUUCUGACCUUUUCGUCAUUGGAAACCAAGGCCGACGCCUUUGCUUUUAAGCAGCGAUUUUACCAUCAUACAACUUUAAGCAAAAAAUAUUUUGAAUGGGCCACACGUUCACGCUCACUCGGCUGAGAUUUGAAGUAAACUGAGGCACACAAAACCGUCAUUUAUCAGUCUGGCCUGAGUAAAGGGCGGAAACAAACGUCUGCGUUUUUUUGAAGUUCCUAAUCCAGAGCUCACACAGCAGUCGCACAAUGGCCAACAUCCGACUCGCGAUAACAACUCAAAGAAAACUUGGCGCAACUAUAAGUGACUGGAAGACCACUGGGGCGAAAGUAGAAUACGAGGUAACUGUGGUCGGCUUGGCCGAGCACUGUAGAUCUAAACAGACAGUAUUUUUCAUCAACCAGCAUUUGUGAGAAUUCCUGUCGAAGAUUCAGCAUAUUUGGUUCCAACCCUGUAAGAGCCACAAUGAGAUAUUUGUUGUCCACUAAGCUUUUAUUAGAUUAACUUUUUGAUUUUGAGUCAGUUACAUAGUAAGGCUGAGUUGUAUAUGCAAUGAAAAUUGUUUGGGGAGCAGUAUAAGAGUUUCUUUCCUUAUCGGUGUGACGCUAGUUUAGGCCAAAGUUUGUAUUAAAUUAUGGCCUUGUGUACUAUAUAUCUUUAUUUGUUUCAAUUUAAAAGUAUUGUUGAACAACGAAGGCGUAUGGACUUUUAUGCAGUUUUUCAAUCUAGUUUUAACCAAACAGUUAUUGUUCGAUCUAUGGUUGAAGUGGAAUAAGUCUGAUAGAAUGAAGACAGUGGUUUAUCUUCAGAUGAGAGCCUUGAGUGAGUGGCAGACCUGCAGCAGUAAGGCUGUGAUUCGUAGAAUUAAAACAGUCCGAAAAUUUCAGCGUCACUUAACAAAUCGGAAAGCACCGAUUCUCCGUAAAAUUUGUUUGCUCACUAGGUGCAGAAUCCGAAGGAAUGGUAAUGGUCCGUUGACAAAUUCUCAGCUUUUGCCUCUAAAGGAGAUUAUUUUGUGUUCAUCGACCGAGUCCACAACAACUUGCGUUUGCUUGAGUCUUUUUGGUUAAAUGGCCUAUUUUAGUGAUUUGUGUACACGUUCCGUUUGUUAGAAUUCGAAGGUAUUUUGGAAAAUUACGCCAUCAAACGAUCGUUUCGUGCAAACCUUUCGUCAUAUGUGAUUAGCGUGUUCAGAUCUGUCGUUAUUGUGGGACAGAAAUUGGCAUUUUCGUUUUGCCUUGAAGCUGAGGGUUUGCUACUCACACAGUACAGGUGGGUACAAGCUGGCACCAUGUUACUGAAUGUUCCCUCUCUCAGCUGGCAUGAUGAAAGUUCGUAGUGCAAUGGCGAGAACGUUGCCAAAUGGUCAACUGUCUCCUGUUUAAACCUGGGCCGUGAGGUAUAUGCUUAGCUGAUGACACGAAGUAAGCCGAAAAUAACUGUUCCGGUGUCCCCGGCAUUGUCAGUAAAACUUCCCAGUGUAUGUUUGCAUUCACAUUACAAUAAAAAAACUGGCGUGCAGUCAAUUGCGAAAGUACGUCUGUUAAGAAAAUAUUUUGCAUUGGACGUUCAUUUUCGGGAAAAACCGCUGAAAGUGCGUUUAAUCUAGGAAUCGUUUUGUACAACUUAAGAGUACCAAAGAUCCGAUUACUGAUUUGGAAGACUUUCCAUCGGAUUUGGUCUGGUGGUGUCCCAAGUGGGCUCCCCACUCUGGGUAAACUGGCGGCCAGGGAUCAUCUUCAAUAUCUCGUACUUAAAUAGCUUUAAAUGUAAUCCACUUCAUGCUGGUUGUGGCAAACGUGCGUGAUUUGGAACAAGUCCGGACCAUAGAGCAGUGAAAAUAUGAAUUGUUUCAUGGGAAAUUAAGUUAGAAAUACCCCUGGGGAUCACGAAGCAGAUAAAGUUUGCAUCAUGAAAACCGUUACUUCUGGUUUCGAAAGGUUUUUUCCAGCCAAUCAUAAUUAUGACCGACAUCUGCCAUUUGGUCCACAGAUGCCGCUUAACUGCUGCGUCAAUAAAAUUUUCGGAUUUGACAGAUGGUCAUUGUUUGUGGCCUUUUUUACUUCAUCAACAUUCGUUCACAGCUACAUGGAUCAUUACCACAUUCACCCCCGGCUAGGUUGAUCGGUAGCCAGGCACAGAUAAACUUGAGCUCGGACGUCCUGAUGAAGUAUAGAUCCGGCCCCAUCUGUGAGCCAUAUGCGCGUUGGGAGCAUGCGUUUGUGUACACGGCACAAAAUGUUGGUUUGGGUUAUGGCUGGCUGAAGAGAAAUCUUAUAAAGUCAGAACUAGAUGUUAUCUCCAUCUAUCCUUCGUUUUUUUCUCAGUUUCUCAGAAAAAUUGAAUAGUUUUGACUUAGCGGGCACUCGCUUGUGAUCAUUAAAAAGUGUUGAUAGUGCCUAACGUCGCUUGUCUCUUCAAACUCGGUGUAGCCUAAAAAAAUUGAGAAGCGGCUGAUAGAAUCUUACAGUAGUCAUUUGAAGUAUGGAGUCACGUGCGGGUACCGGCUUUCUGGGAACAGUUUAUUUUGGGACAUUGCUGAGAUAUCGCCAGUAUGCCUUUUGCCAACUUCAGUCAUCGUCAUGAUAGGGCUAGGUUCAGAGGGGUAACACUUCAUUGGCAGCAUAGUUUUCAAAAUCGGAGCUUAUUUUUCCCUUCCCCAGGAUCUGGGAAUUGCCCAUCAUCCAAAAACUGCCCUUGACAUCCAGCGGUUCAUCCCAGUAACAUCUUUUCCAGGCCGACGGAUCUGGACUUGCCUCCUGCGUAACCAGCUGCAAAUAUACGCAUGGAGAGAAAUCUGUCACGCGAAGACUUAAACAAGCUUUUGGUUCAAAGUACUGAGCGGGGAAACGACACGUACCCUCCAAAUGGGCAGAUAAAAUUCAUUCUUUAUUCACACGUCCACUCGACCAUGGGGCAUUGCGUUGGUUAGGGAGUUCAUGACUGAAGUUUAGCCCUUGCGUCUGAUACCAAAAAGCGUUUUUAAUGCACUUCUUGUCGAUCUCCUGGAGAAACCACACUCGGUAAAAAGUGACUACGUAAGCAGCAUGCAUUUUUCACGUUGAUUUGGAAUGGUCUUAUAAAUACAAAUAUUUUUUGCGGAAAACGUGCGCCAACGUAUGCUUUCGUUUACCUGUGUGGUAGAAAAUGACAUUGUCUUUACAUUUUAUACCCAAAGAGAGUGUAUGUUUAGGUUCUGAAUAAGUUUCUUAACUCUCAAUUAAUUUUGGGUCAGACCAGUUGCUGCAUUACCAUUUAGCGAUUCAAUUCUAUAAGAUGCGUGCUUUCCGCACAAGAAAAAUCAUAUAUUCCUCUAUGCCUUUAAGAAGAUACCGUGUUUAGUUCAUAAAAUUUUGCAAUGGAUGCCGACUAUGUUGUACAUAUCAUGAGGAACAUUGGCAAACGAACAUGUGCGACGCUGUAUAUAUGGGCAUCGCACGGUCUUAAAAAUGACAGAACCAGAAACUUUUAAAAAACCUAAAUACACGUUUGUUGUGGUAUAAAAUGUCAAGAAAAUGUUAUAUACUACCAAACAAGUAAAGGAAAACCGACCUUUGUGCAUGCUUUCCGUAAGAAAUAUUUAGAUUUUUAAGACCGUCGCAAAUCAACGUAAAAAAUACAUGCUACUUACGAAGUCAUUUUUUACCGAGUGUAGUUUCUCCAGGAGGUCGAAAAGAAGUGCAUUCAAAAAUGGACAUCCUGGCGAGUCCGAAAACCUGUGGGAGAAUGUUGCUUGAUAAGCAACAUUAAGACCCCACCUAAGUAAUCCUUUCCAAUCGAAAACGAAUUUCACAAUUUUGGCAAACCUUUCAUCAGAUCGGUCACGCACUGUAAUUUCAAGAUUUCUGAACGUAUCAGACCAGAGGGCUCACGUUCGCCUAUGCAUCCAGUGUUCCACCCAUUUAAGACGGCCUUGUUACUGUUGUGACAGCGAUAAUUGAUAACCGAUCAUCUGCUGCAAUAGGGUGCUGUAGAGUUGGUCUGAAAUUUCAUCUAAACGACCACUUUGAUCCUUCUAUUGCAGACUGAACUAAUUAUGGCCAAGAAACCAAAAAAAGAUUCCCGCGACUCGGUUUAGAGAAGCCAAUGACUUUCCGAAUCAAGAUUUGUGUCUUGUACUUCGGGUGGUUUGCUAUACAGACUGUUCAAGAUUGGGUUGCACAACAGUAGUUAGAUUAUUAUAGUUCAUCAGAUGUCCGGCUUAAAUCUCGCUAUGCGAGUUUUCCUCCGUUCUCCUUGGCGGCUGACAUGGAUCGUUAUUUGUUUUCAGUGCCUGGUGGAUGCAUGUGUGCUGACUGUGAACUCCUGGCUGUGUUGAUCGGUAUUGAAGUCGCCUUUAGGGCGGGUGUGGCUCUGUGGCAUUAAUGUAUCCUUUUGACCCUCUCCGUUAACGAUAGUAUGUGUUGGAUGAUCACGCUAAAAGCCCUUCGGGUCAAACGCAUGCUGUUCUAGUAAUGACGUAGAUCUUUGUGGGCCAUGUAAGAUAUCGAGGUGUCAGUGGAUGGAUUCUCAUCUGAAAAGCAAGGUCAAAUUCUGAACUUUAAGUUUCACUUUGUCUUGCUAAAGAACCUUUGCAGGGAAACAGCUAGAGGUAGGCCCUACGUUUGGUGCUUAGCAACUCACAAGUUCACGAAUGCGCAGUGCGUGACUGGUUUAAGUUCGAGUGAGCGAGUCUACAUUUCUGCUUAAUGGAAGUAUAUCUGAGCACGCAGAUCACAAACAAGCUUCUUCAAUGGGCGCAUGAUCCUUGCGGCUUACUAGCCACCCGGUCCCCGAGAAGUUAGAAGAAUUGGAAGACCGCCUUUGAAAUCAACUACAUUAAACAGACAAGGCUGUAGACCAUUGUUAAUGUGUCGUCUGUUCAUGGGGCGUCCCUCAAGUGUCCGUCAUAUUUAAUAAAACUGAUUGAGCAUGUAUGCGCUCGUAGUCGGUUGAAAAGGUAGGAACGCUUGACCCUUAAACGCCUACUGCCCAGAAUUACCACGUCUUUGCAAACAGUUUUAAUAAACAGAGGUUUGCAGCCUGUCGGCUGAGCAUAAACUGGGAAUAUGAGAGCCACAGGACAUAUAAAUAAAUUAAAGCAAAGAAAAAGUAAGACUGCAUUUUGAAACGCAUAUACAGUUCACUUAGGAACUAAAACUAAUAGUCUGCCAAUGCGGAACUGCUAUUUGCUGAAGUUUGCUAUAUCUGUUUGGUUGUCAGUGGCAAUUUGACUUUGGAUAAUAAAUAGAUUGUGUGCUCAUUAAACGAUUUUGUAAUCUGCUUUUUGUGAAUUCGCUUCAACAGGACGCCUGGAGUGCCGUUGUUAUAAAAGCACACAUUCCUGCUAAUUUUUUGUUUAGUUUUGCAAAGAAGAAUCCCGUAUAUCCUCUGACGACCAAGACUAAAUCAACUUCUGAUUUAGAUGCACUUAUGUAAUGGCAAUGGUCUCUUGAUUUAUCCAACGAAAGCCAAACAUUUGAGGUAAUACUAGAGUACUCCUCACAGUCAAAAAGGACCUUGUGCUGCGCAUUGAAAUUUUUAAGAAAUUCAAACGUUUGCCUUUAUUAAUUACUGAUAUUUACCUUUGAAGUCUUGAGAUGCCAGCUCUGCAAGCUGCGUUCAGUUAAUAAUUCCAUGCACAAAUUCUCAAAAAGAAGACGUCAUCACCGCGGAUGUUCUAUGUACAAACACAAAACUACCGUUGUCCUCAAAUAAAGUUAAUCAAACUUAACUUUUGUGUGGUUGUAGGGCUAAUAUCAAUAAUAUGUUGACUUUUCUUUUCAUCGAACAUUCCUGUUGAUUAUGCAACAACCCCCAUACCAUGGCCAGAAAUCACUUCGAGUAGCUCAUUUUGCAACGUCAUUCAAUAGUCUUCUGAAUCAAUAGCUCUAGCUUCCGAGCUUUGUGAAACAUGUGGGUUUCUGUUGAUGAAAAAUUAUGUACUUUUUGUAGAGGCGAGACUCCCGGCUACCAAACUGCUUGUGACAAGCCCUUAGACGCUUGACGAUCUGGUCUUAUUUGUCAGAAACAAAUAAGCUCCCGCAAGGGUGUAUGCUUUCAUCCAACAUGCCAAGUGCCUUCGCAAUGCGUUAAUGACUUAGAAAACAUCUAAGUGAAUUCCGGAUACUAGACUCCAUUAACAUUUUUAGACUUACUUUUCCAUUGGAUGUUUUUUUCCUACUUUUUGUUAAAAUUAGGUUUUUUGUUAAGGGGGUGCAUCGGUUAAAGUAAACCAAAGUUAAUUAUUUAACACCUGUUGCACUAUUUCUUAGUGGUAUGCAGAAGAUUUUGACUGGCCACAGUAAGUCGUGUACUAUAGGAAACAGGUGAACUUGCAACUGACUGCAUGGAAUUAGACUCUAUACCCUUUGCGAUAAUGAUCUGAGAAAACAGUUGAUUUUGGAAAGAAGGAGCAAUUAAAAGAAGACGAAGGCAGGAUCACCGGGACGGUAGAUUUAUUGGUCUGAGCUUUCGAACUCGAACUUGAGUUCAUCAUCAGAGACUGCUAGAGUGCAGCAACGUGUGAACAUUUAUAUCGUUGUGUCGUUUGCGGGGGGACUAUGUCCGUGGCUAGGUCUGGUUUGUGCAGCCUGGUCCACAAUCGUACCCCCGGCGUGGUGACGCCGUUUGUACUUCGCGGCGAUGUGAGCUGCGCCACCUGGCUUCCAUUCGUGGGAAGAAGCAAUAAAAGUGAUACGCUGAAACGAGAAGAAGUUUUGAGACCCUGUUUAAUUAGUCUUUAACAAAUAGGUUUGGGGGACAUCCUACAUAGCCGUAAGCAUUUUCUUGUUGUUUUGUUUCACAAUGGAACUAUGCUCGGCGCCCCUUCGAGCAUGUGAAGUAGCACUUGAUAAUGAUAGUUUGCCCAGAAAGGUCGUUUGCCUACGCUGACCUCUUUUCAGCGGUCAAGAGUUCAUUAAGACAACACUAUCGACACGAAAAAGUUUGAUUACAGGAUCUUGCGAACAUAUGGAUCUCUAAGGAGGACGGUGCAAGAGGACCGUGCAGGAGUCCGAAACGUCAGACUGAUAAAGCUCUUGCCCUAGCGAUCGUGCCUCCUUCUUCAAAACUACUUCCUGGGAUUCGUCUCUUCGCUUCUAUUGGACCGCGCAAAUGUCAAUUAGGUUUGUGGAAAGGUCCGCCAUUGACGAACCUUAUACCUGGAAGUUUCAAGGCAAAACAGCACACCUAGCGGCGUAGUUAAUCCUGAAAAAUGAUUAUUGCCCCACGGUACAACGGCAGAAUCGCGUGCGGGAACUGAUGUGGCGAAAGAAAAAAUAGACCGGAACCAGCAAAUGAGCUUAAACUUUAUCGUAUUUAUUGAAUAGUUCAGUCACCAGUUGUGAAAUUCUAAAGAGCUCGGCCAGUUACCACAUUUUACUCCGAAAUUUCUUUUUUUCACUCAGUUGUUUGCCGUGGGGUUUUAUUUUUUGUAUUCACUAGUUCUUUGUUUUGUCUGCCCACAGCGUGCGCUGCUAUAACGGAUUGCGCAGAACUUCUAGAGGUUGGCGAAUGUGUCUUCCUAAAACUCCUUUACCGGCUUCCUUAUAUGUUUCGAUUAUUUGUCGAAACUUCGUCAAUUUCACUCAUAAAAAGAAACCCUUCAUAUGCUUUGGAAAUGCAAAACUCUGCAUCUUUUUUCUACAAUCUUUUCUUUUUCAGACUUUUUUAGAGAAGCGUCUGUCUGAUCCAUCUUUUAAAUACAGAACAUACAUUCAGCAUGGUAAUAUGCACAUAUUUGCAUACAAGAGGGAAAUAUAUAGGCCUAGUAAAAGGAUGAAGGAAAACAGCUGUCUCCACAGGAUUUAAGAGCUUCGAAACCAACCCUAAGCUCAUGUUCCAAGCCCAUCUUUUACUAAUAGUUUGCCAAUAUCGAUCAUAAACUACGAAAUUUAUUCAACCGUCAUUAUUUAUUAAAAACAACUAACAUUGACCAUUUUCUGUCAGAUGUUGCCUAUUGCUGAUGGCGAAACUUUGUCGUUUUUUCGUUUCGACACUAAGUUCUGCUUUAUAUGUUCUAUAUUUUCUGGCCUAAUUUAUAAGAGCAGGUCUCACAAUAAACUGCACUAUCUUCUCUCUACAGUCCAAUGGCCGCUAUAACGGGCGUGCUCGUCGCUGUGGCAGCAAUCCUCUUUAUUGCCACCAGUCUGCGAUACACCAGGGCUGGGCAGAAACUUUGCUUUCGCGUUACAGGACACCGAAACUAUACAGAGACGCCUCUGGAGAACGUAAAUCAACAGGGAGUUCAAGCGACCAUUCAACGUCUAUCCAGACCACGAAAUCGUAAGUGUCCUUCAUGCUUGAACCGGGAAAAGACUUGAAAUGCAUUAAUGGCACAAAAGGCUUCUGUGUAAACUCAGCCUAGUUCAUUUAAUCUAUUCAAUUUUCGACAGUUCAACAAAGUAAUGCUGUCUUUUGACUACCUAAUUCUCGAGGCAGUCGGGAGACAUUAAUGAACUCUUUCCUUUCCCGAGUUCCAGACAAUUACGAAAUCCCAAAAGUUUGCGUCGAAGGAGUUUUCCGAUUCCAUUUAUCAAGCGAGAUUAUAAACUAUGCUUAUGGAUACAAAUAGAAAAUUGCAUGCAAAUAUCAGAGAAGACAAACAACUGUUUUUGGUGAGCGCAUCGGGAUAGAUUAAAAGUGUGUAAGAUUGUUUAUGAUCAGAAAUUCGCUGAGGUACCGUGGGUUGGCAUCCCUAGGGUCGACCUCACUUUUCCCUCUUCCCGAACCGGCCAGCCAUCUGAUGCCAGGAUUGGGUGCGAUCGACUGAGAGAGCCAGGCAGCUCUUCGUCGCACACCGCACACGAGCUGACCCACACGUUAUUCACUAGGCAUCUGUAUAAAAGGGUGGACUGCCAGAUUUACCAUGCGUUAGGCCACCAAAGAGGCCAUCUAGAUUCACGCUUCCCCUUCAUCUGAGAGGUACUUUUCCGUGCCUUCUGUAGGUGAUGUGGAACGCGUUCAUGUUUGCUGUAUAUGUCGGUGGUAAGAUGUGUGGUUAUAGAGCUCGAUCUGCGUUGAUUUGCCAAAUAUUUCCAUGGAAACGCACGUGGCCGAGUAGGUCUAUAUGGUCCCUGGGCAGUGGGAAGUCGAGACAGAUGUGGCAGGCGUAUAACGGGGCUCCAGGUACUGGUUCACCGCCUCAGUGAUAGGAGCGCAACGCGUGAUUUGGAGGCGCGAUGGCGAUGAGGAGAGGUUGGGAUAGAACCUGCAGUAUUAGCGGUGGCGGACGGUGAUGAUGGUGGUUGGCGGCGACGGCGGCGGCGUCGGCGCCGGAGACUUGCUAACCAAUGGUGAUGGUGGCCACCGUUGGAGUUGUUGCAAAGGUGAUGACUGAGCCAUUUUCGGAGGCAGUAGGUUGAAUAAUCGCGUUGUUGUUGCAUCGAGUCCAAAAAUGCCCAAUGAGGCCGAUCUGUGCGCGGAAUGUUCGUUGAAAGCGUGGACAUGAUGGAAAGGUUGGGUUUUGAAGCUGUGGGUCGAGGGGCUUGAAUCUUGCGAGCCGCAAUAUUGCUUUUAGUAGUGACGAUCUAGUUAUCUUCGUACAUUGCAACUCUAGUCUGUUCUGCUCUUCUGUCAACUGGUGAUCGUAGGCAAGGUUCUUCUAGGUCUCCUGAAUUAUUUGUAGAUCAUUGUGUGAGGUCUUGCAGCGAAGUUUUUGCCCUCCUUGCUGGUGAGCACCCGUAGUGAUACCAACGUAGAAGAGUCGUUUGAAUAGACGCUUGCCACCCAUCCAUCCACGCGAGGUGGUCGCUCCGGAGAAAUUGCAGAUGUCUCCACAUGAAGUGGUUGUUGAGGAUUCCAGUUCGUUCCGGGACUUCCGUGUCAGGUUUUCUGAGCUGUCACCUCAAUUUUAGUAUUCUCUGAAGAGCUGAAGGUAAAUGAUUAAGUUGCCUGGCUUGAUUGGCGUAGAAAAGUCAUGUUUUUGUCCCGUAGAGUAACACCGCCACGAUCUUUCAGGUUAUAGUUGAGUAGUGGUAUUCUUCUGUGACAGUCACAGCUGCCGGUUGCUCUUGCGUCUGUAGACGCGCACAGUCGUGGCACCCUUGAAUUUCUGAGAGACUUGGGCAUGCCACCACAUCUCCUGAAACAGCGUUGGGAGUCAGUCUAUCAGCCGCGGACUGCCAUGCUGGUAGACUUCGGUUUUGACCGCCUCGGAUCUCGGUACUUUCCCUCUAGAGAGCUGUUGCACUGCUGUGAUCAUUCCUGGUCGGGGGGGGGAAGAAAAAGGCUGUCGGCGCCGGUCAUUACUUGUUUCCACUUGGGAGAGCCGGUCGAUAGCGUCGUCAGAAAUUGUGGACAAUCCGUUUAGGGCACUUCUGAGGGGCUCAACUCCACGCUUCCGGAUUUACAUCUUUCCUUGAGGUUCGUUGAUACAUCCGAGUCCCGCAAGGACACAGGUGCUUCAGUUUUGGGGGCGUAGACAGUAUUGAUUGGUGUGAAGAAAUCCUUCAUCUUAUUGCGUUCCACAUAUCCUUGUAUUUCCUCGCCCUUAGGAUUCAUAAGGGUGUUCUGCAUAUCCCGCAGUCGCUGCUGUAUCUGGCGUCGAAUGUGGAAGACGGCAGCUUGACCGCGUUGGUCCUGGAGUUGUUGUAGGCUGCGUGUAACUUAUUUUUUUGGAAGCAGAUUGCGGAUUUGACUGUCGGUGUCGUCCGCUCCUCCCAAUGGAAGUGGUCCACACCUACUAAUCCGAUCGAAUGGCAUUCAUUUUGUGCAGUAGGGCUGUAAUUAUGACGGCCCCUUCGUGUUGAAGUUUAGUUAAUGACCUAACUCAUGAAAUGUGUCGAAAUUUACGAAUGAUUGCUAAUCACUCGCAAACCGACACCAUUUAGAGAGUUCAAUGUCCAUGUUAAUCAAGUACAAGUUUAAAAGAAUUAAACGCAUACUAUAAAUAUUAAAGGCAGUGUUGCGUUGUUUAGAAAUGCCAAUUCUUUUAACAAAGCGCAAUAUCCCCAAAAACAUCAGAAAGGGCUCUAAUUUAGUAAACUUCGUUUUUAGAUGUAUAGAAUGUAUUUUCAUACCGAAACGUAGUAAAUAUGAAUGCAGAGACAAAAUAACUUCUAAUAAUAGGGUUUUAGUGAAGAUUACACCUAAAUAUCGUUUAAUAAUUAGUGCCAAAUUCAUAUAUGACGGUUUGUCAACUGCCUACAUUCUGAAUGUAGAUUCCAAAACCAUUUUCCAGCGAUUCAUAUGAUCCUUGAGUCUUUUGAGUUAAAUGAGAUGGGGUUUACCAAGAUAAACUGGAUUUUGCUUGAUUUCACCGGUGGGGACGUCGUAGGAACAAAAGUUUUCAUACGGUGACAUUCCAUGAGGCCAGUCGGUGUCUAAUAAAUUUAAAUAGAACUGGCAGGCCUGCUCGUAAACAUACUAUUUUGUGUUUCUAGAGAGAGCUUUUCUUCCGUUAAACUAAUUUACACUUUUCGUUCGUUUUCGAUUACACUGAGUUUCAGAUCUGCCUCGAAAUGUUGCUGAAUCCAUAAAGACAGAUUCUUAAUUACCUGUCUGUUGAGAACUUCAAAAUAAGGUUAUUCUUGAAGUCAUUUACGGAAUUAGUGAGUGUUCGAGCCCUCCUUUUCGCAAAGAUGGUCGUUUGGGUCACAUGUGAAGAUUAAUUCAAACAUCAAACUUCACUUUCGAGAAAAAUGGCUGUCCACGUAUCCUUGUAUUUCCUCGACCUUGGGAUUCAUGAGGGUGCUCUGCAUAUCCCGCAGUCGCUGCUGUAUCAGUCGUCGAAUGUGGAAGAAGGCAGCCUUGUCCGCGUUGGUCCUGGAGUUGUUGUAGGCUGCGUGUAACUUAUUUUUCUUUGAACACAAACUGGCGUUCAGUAUGCGCAGUAGGGCUGUCAUUAUGACAGCCCUUUCGUGGUGAAGUAGACGUCAUGGAGAGUUCAUCUCGAGUGGUGUAGCAUGCACAUCAGCACAGGGCUCAGCUCUAUCACGACGCGCUAAGAGUCACGGCGUGGAGGGUUGCCAGCCGAGGGCCGAGGAUCAGACCACAGUGCCUCCUUCUGAAUAUGGCCUCAACGGCAUUCAUGCGCACAUGAGAUCCGAGCCCGCCCCCCCUCCUUUUAUUCUGUGAAAACACUGUGAGGUAACAAGGUUACCUGCGACUCACGUUGUUUAUCUCUAUCAGUCACUGCGACUGAGCUCAUCUCCAGGCGUCGUGACUCUCUCUCUCUCUCCUGCCAGAAAAGUGAGGCAGGAGAGAGUUGGGUAGAUGCUGCGGGAGUCUGCCUCACCAAAACAAAUUCUCGCUCAAGACACCGCCCCGCGCCCGCCAGGUGCUUGUUGACAUCAUCGUGUGCAGCGGUCAAGCUGUCACCCCUGCCGUUAGACUGGAGAAACGCGACACCUGCACAACAAGACGGGCUACUGGAAGCUAGGCGGUGGGCAUUUUUGCCGCUGUUCCUGCCAUGGACGUCUGCAACUGAGGGACCAGACGGUGUGAUGUUGUUGAGUGCAGCCACGUCUGGAGAUUGCGCGUCGAUCAGGUCGGGGUUUGUCACAAAUUUGUACGCGUCAAGCGGUGUGAAUAUGUCCCUGUCUGUGCGCUACCAUCGUCGGGUCAGAUCCCAUGUUAGAAGGAGAAGGCGGAAGGCACCAGAAUGAGGGGUUUAUUGUGCACAGAACCCGGAGUUGUCCUCUCAGGCGGCAGUGGCCACUGGCGAAGCCAGGGCUGGUGUUGACUGCGUCCACUUAAGCCUGAGAGUCCCUGCGACAGUGGUGGCAGCCGCUUUUUUAGGCUCGUGGGCCAAGCUCAGGUGGUGUCCAGUCAGUGGGUGUUGCAUUCGCCGAAGAGUGGUGAUCCAGUGGCUUGUUUAGCUGGUUGCAGCGGGUGGCGCAUGGGUAGACGCGACACUGUGAGGACGCAAUUGUGUUCGAGCUGAUGUCGGUCGGGCGGCUUCAGAUCAGCGCGUCUGAAACGGCUCGCUGCAAGGGAUGAAUCACCUUGAGGCAUCGAGGUCUUGAACAACGACGCCAAACAGGUUAAGAUGGCCGGCAUCUACAAUGUCUUGCUUGCACAUGGUCGAGUUUUGACGCGGGGCUACGUAUACCUUGGGGAAGCCCAUGUGGUGGGUGACUGAGCGGUCGGAGUAUAGCCACGCCUCCCCUACUUGACUUGAAGCCUGAAUUCCCCCUGGCACCAUCGCAUUAAUCCCGUUGAAACUGAAGUCGCACGCCGCUUAGACGGCGCGGAUUGACGCAUGCAAGUUAAGGUCACCCUUAUUGUCUAUUUUCGUUCUCGCACCCGUUUCCGCAACUUUCAGGGCUAGAUCGCAAUUGGUAGCCAGGCCCCUAUUACAGGUAUCUGGGGGGUUUGUUUACUGGGGCUAUUUUGUGGGGUUCCAUAACAACAUCUGUCCCAUUUGGCUUCCGUUUUACGUUCGAGGUUAGGAUUAGGGUACCGGUUAAUGGUUUCCGAUUUUAAGGUUAGGGUUAUGUCUUCAGGGUUAGGUUUUCAGGUUACGGUUAGAGUUUGAGCGUACGAUUAGUUUUCAGUAUUAAGGUUAGGUUUUCCAGUUACGGCAAUGUCUAAGGGCAACUGUUACAUUUACGAUUUCGGUUAGGGUUAGGGUUGCCGUUAGGGUUAACGGUUGACGUUUAAGGUUGAGGUUAGAGUUAGAGUUAGAGUUAAGAUUAGGAUUAGGGUUAAGUUCGCCGUCUGCUACCUGGCUACCAACUGCGAUCUAGCCACGUUCAGUUUACCUUUACUCACUUGCCAUCUCUGAAAAUGUAUCGGGGUAAGUAAACAACGGCUGACCUUUUCGCACUGUUAAGUGGCCCUUCGGAUUCACACCAACCGACGGAGAUUUGAGAAGGCCUAGAGGUGACUUCUAUCGUGAGUGGCGUGAAAGAUCUGGCUACGGUUUCGAAUAUUUUUGUUCAUUUGUGCGGUCUGGGUCCGUAACUUGCGUCUGUUUAUUUACUCAAUCUCGCAUCCCCUGAAAAGGAAGUUCUCUUGAGUAAGUGCGAUUGCACACCUGUUGGUCAUGGAGAGCUUCCAGAGAUGCCUGUUCACAUUUUUGACUGGUUGUGUGCUGCGAUGUAUCCACACUCGAUUAAGGACAUUCAAAUGCCACUUUUCCAAGCUACAAGGGGUGAAUACUGUGAUAUCGUAGCAUCGGUAGAGUGUCGAUUUCUUUCCAGUUUAUUGUGACCGUUAAUUGACUGUCAGGAUGGCGGAGGACGAGGACGUUCAAGAAGGGGAAUCAGUCCUCUGUUCUCUCUAUCACCAGUCGUAUAACCAAAGGCUUGAACUUAGUAGUUUUUAUGGUAAUUUCUCUCUGUUUAAUUCUGGAAAACUGGUGACGAUAUAGUGUGCUUCAAGUUUGGGCUUGUUCACGCGCUAUACUUAAGAUGCUAAAGGACAGACUUUGCAACCAGCCCACUGACGGGUCUUUAAUAAAAUAUUAUUAUUAUCUUCAGAUAGUUUUGCUUAUGGUCGUGGCCUCACGUGAGUAUCCACCUUAUUUAAAAUGAUUUACACCAGUUCUCUGUGGUUGGGUGUGCAAAGAAUAGAUUUUAACACUGUCCCUUAAAAGCCUUCGUGAGGUCAGAGGAUUCUUUUCUAACAUUUACUGAACGGGUUUAUAUCCGCAUUUCUGAGCGUCCUUCCAUUUUUGAAUCGCCUGUGAAACACGAGAAAUUCGCCCAUCACAGAUUUUUGAACGGAACCCGAACAAAUCUGUUGACAGCAACCGGUAAUGAUUCAACCGGCGGGAGUGGUGAAGUUCACCGGUGUAGGCGAAUUUGUUUUUAAUGCAGCAGAAGUUGAAUGCAUUCACUCCGCUUCACUCCUUCAAGUCCACCGCAUUCCAACGAUAGACCAUUUGACCGUCGUUGGAGACGGUGUCCAUCCUUCGCUCCACAGGGGCGUAAGAGUAGGGAUGGUGGCAUCUGCGGGACUUAGUUUAAAGUGGUAGUAGACUUGCGCAGAGCCUAUCCCACUUCCUCCUUCUCCCCACUUGAGACUGGUUUCGUGACAGGGUCAAAAAGACCGGGGGCGAGAGAGGACGCAGGUGGCUGGCAGGGUGUUAACCUGCAUCUAUGCGUACCACCACACCCCCUGGUCCACAACGUACACUGACAAGGAUGCUAUAUCACAGGUAAAAAUGGGGUGGACAGCAGGGACCCCAAGUGACGCGAAAUAUGAGCCGGCAACUGGGUCUGCCAGUUGCUGGCAUUUACUGUGAAUGCGAAUCCUCAAUAACGCUUGCCAUAUUCUGAUCUAGCCGCUGGGUUGGACUAGCGCAUUUUGCAGCAUAGCCCAUUUUAGAGACAAAUCUCAACAACAGAGCAAGGUCAAGACAAUGAGACAUGUGCAUAGGCGCGACAGUUGACCAUGCUAGGCAGUCCGUCAACAGGUUCUUCACUCAAACGGAUCCAUAACUCCACUCAUGCCUGGCUUUAAUGAUUGGGUCACUAAUCUCAGAUACGUGAAGUAAUGCAGAGACCGCAGUAAAAAGCGACCACUGAAGUAUGAUAGUCCGUCCUGAGUAGGAUGAAAUAUAUGGUCAACUUGCAGACUUUAAAGCCAUUACUCUGUGUGUGUGUUGUGAUGGGACCCCGACGGGUCUUUAAUAAAAAUUAUUAUUAUUAGAUUAUGGUCUAGUUUUUUGUGAACUAAUUUUUCAACAACCUAUUUGUGAUCUCUUCUUGUACGAUUAUUCCUGUGUCACUGAUUACCUUGUCGGGUGCUGCGUACCCUUAAUCAGUGUCCGGUGUACUUGCCCUUACAUUAGAUGUAGGUACAUGUGUGCUUUUUCCACUGCGUACAGUGAUCAAAGUUAGUGACUAGCUGAAAACAGUAAAACGCAAGUUUGGAAAAAUCUUAAUUCUUGUUGUUCUAACUGGACUACUGCACGCAUUUUUGCUUUUAUUUUUGAUGCCAGCACCGGCUUUGAGUGAUUAUUGUAUAACUCGGGACAUCUAGAAUGCUACUCUGUAUGAAUGUAUUAGACCUGUGCAGAACGAUAACCUAGCUGAAUGUUCGUUGCAGUAAAGUGCAGGUUUUUAUUAAAUUAAUGACUCGUCAAUUUCGUUAGGAUGAAUACAAAAGGAAAUGAAUCCUGGAAUGCUUAUAGAGGGUUAAUUAAUUUAUUGCCACUAAGAUGACUGGAUACCCCUUCAGUGGUCAUGCGAUUUCGAGCGGAAGUCUAUUACGGUUCCAGCAAGUAUUCUGCAUGUGCGAGGAAAUGCCAUUUAAUGUGUACUGAAACUGACUAUAUUGUUGGUUAGCAGUGAGCUGGAAUCGUGCCGGAUUUCAACAGAAUACGUGGGCGUUAAACGUACUGAUUUUUGGAAUUUGGAAACUGUAUCAAAUUUGGGGGAUUCCAGACGUUUCAGUAAGUCGGGCGGGUAACUUGACGCAAAUGUGAUUAAAAAUUCGCGUCACUCGAUGGCACCUCGCAGCUCAGGUGGCUAGAGGGUUGACUUUACUAAAGCCUUUCCUUGUGUGUCGUGCGUUCGAAUCCCAUCGAGGCGCCGUGCUUUUUACAAUUGGAUCAGUAGGAAUUAUUCAAAAUUUGCCAAAACAUCUAUGAAAUAGAAUAAAUAGAGUAUGCUGCCAACCGUCUUAAGUACGGACCGUUCGAAUAUCCCGCAAAGGACUUCGUUGAAGGCAUUAAUCUGCAAGCAAUGAUCGAGGAAUAUUUAUCUCUGUGUUCUGUUUUUUGCUAUAGCGAGGAUGUCACCCUACAGUCUGAUCCCGCCAUCUCUACUGCCACCCCUGCCUACUUACAAUGAUGUGACACCCGACAUUCCACCGCCGGCAUUUGAGGAGGCACCCUCCAGUCAGACUAACAUCGAAAACAUGCCUAUACCCUCCAUCUUUCCGCUGCCCCAACCAGCUGUACUUCACGGCCCAGAAGACCCUGAAGGCGAGCCUGCAUCUCAACGACCUCCGCCCGCCUAUACUUCUGUCUCGGGUCCACCCCCUGAUAUUCCGCCCACUGACCAAUUAGAGCAUCAUCACCGGCGAUAA